AUGCUUCUGAUGCUGUACAUCAGGAAACGACGCCGACAAAGGCGCGAAGCAGGUGAUCUUCCCAAAGACAAGAAAGGAGAUGAGAAAACAGGUUGGUGGUGGAGCAAGCAAACAUCCAAAGAAGAGACCUCAGAAGUGAAGAAAAAGCGUCCAUCAGGAUUUGGGCGUCUUUUGUUUAACAGCUCUAAGCCAGAUCCAGAAACAGGACUCAAUACUGAAGCAUCCGAGGAAAACCCAGGUGAAGGAAAAUCAAAAAAGAAAAAGAAGGAAAACCCUGGAAACACCGAAGCGAGUGAGGAAAACCAAAAAUCACGGAGAGGGUUCUUGGGAGGAUUCUUCGGUGCUUCAAGUAAAGAUCCGCAGGAAAAUUCAGAGGCCGCCACUGGAGAGUCCCAAGAGGACGCAGGAGCAAUUAAGGUCGAAAAAAGUUCUCUUUUCGGGAAAUUGGCGAACAGAUCAAAGAAAAUCGCCACGGGGCCUGGAGAGGCCGGUGAAACUGACAAGACCUCAGAAGAUGCUGCAAAAGACGAGGCGGCUACCAAAACUUCGUUCUUCACAAAUCUGAAGAAGAAACGCAGCCUCAAGAUUAUAACUGAGCUUGAAGAUUCAGAAGCGGCGGAAAAGAAAGACAGCCCUUUGAACAGAUUGUCCAAAAAGCUACUAUCACCCGGGAAGACAAAAGACUUGAAGGGUCAGUCAAAGUCGACAGACAAUAUAGGCAAGACUGCAGAAGUAGUCGAAGUCGAAGCAAAGCUUGAAAGAAAGAAGAGUACCCGGAGGAGUUUUCGGACAUUGCUCUCCCCGGGCAAGAAAAAUGCAUCUAAAGACAUAGGAGCGAAUUCGGAUACGCAAGAGCAAAAUGCAGUACAAUCACCCCGGAAGUUCAAGUCUGUUCUUCAGAAAUUUCAACAAGCAGCAGACAGCAAUAAAACUGUUGAAACAAGAGAAGCUGUAACAAACAAGGAAGAGAAAAAAGGGGAAUGA